UGCCCCGGAAGCAGUUCUUUGGCCUGUAACACGUAGCAACCCGGCCGGUUCAGAGUCUUAAGCUGGGUGUGGGGGUAAUUUGUUGCUGCCGGAGCUGCUGCCACCGCCUCUGCUGUUGAUCGUUUGCAAUGUCAGGCUUUGAUAACUUAAACACGGAUUUCAUCCAGACGAGUUACAGCAUCGACGACCAAUCACAGCAGUCCUAUGAUUAUGGAGGAAGUGGAGGACCCUAUAGCAAACAGUACGCCGGCUAUGACUACUCGCAGCAAGGCCGAUUCGUCCCCCCGGACAUGAUGCAGCCACAGCAGCCGUACACAGGGCAGAUCUUCCAGCCCACCCAGGCGUACACUCCAGCCGCUCCGCAGCCAUUCUAUGGAACCAACUUUGAGGACGAGCCACCUUUAUUAGAAGAAUUAGGUAUCAAUUUUGAUCACAUCUGGCAAAAAACACUAACAGUGUUACAUCCAUUAAAAGUGGCAGAUGGCAGCAUCAUGAAUGAGACUGAUUUGGCAGGACCCAUGGUGUUUUGCCUGGCCUUUGGAGCCACGUUGUUACUGGCUGGCAAAAUCCAGUUUGGCUAUGUAUAUGGGAUCAGUGCAAUUGGAUGUCUAGGAAUGUUUUGCUUAUUAAACUUAAUGAGUAUGACAGGCGUUUCGUUUGGUUGCGUGGCAAGCGUCCUUGGAUAUUGUCUUCUUCCCAUGAUCCUACUUUCCAGCUUUGCAGUGAUAUUUUCGUUGCAAGGAAUGCUAGGAGUCCUUCUUACUGUUGGAAUUAUUGGAUGGUGUAGUUUUUCUGCUUCCAAAAUUUUCAUUUCUGCAUUAGCCAUGGAAGGACAGCAACUUCUAGUAGCAUAUCCUUGUGCUUUGUUAUACGGGGUCUUUGCCCUAAUUUCCAUUUUUUGAACUGAAUUUAUCUGGAAUGUGGACAUCAUUGGGCCAAAUACACGGAAAGGACUUCGGACUCUUAAAUCGGACCAGCAAACUGCUACAGUGCAACUCUCAUGCAGAUCUAACAUUUGACUGUUGGAGCAAUGGAAGUAAACGUGUAUCUUUUGUUCAUUUUUAUAGAACUUUUGAAUACUGUAUUGGAGUUACCUGCAGUAUGACUAGCUUUAAGUGUUUGUGCUUAUACAAAUAAGAAGUGCUAUUUCUUUCCUGUUCCUCCAGCCUUUGAAAAACAACUUUUUUCCUUGUAAAUUAUGAUGUUUUUGAUAGAUUUUUAUCAACUGUGGGAAACUAACCACAGAGCUGAUAAUCUUUCUUAAAAACAACCCAGUCAUAGUAAAGAAGAUACAAGACUUACUGCAGCAAUAUUUUUUCCAAGGAAUUAGGAAAGAAAAAUUGCCUGUAUUCUCAAGUCAGAUGCACUUCAAACAAAAAAGUGAUCCCAGUGUAGAGUUUAUGAGUUUGCACUUCAAAAAUUUGACAUUCCUUUAAAUUGUGGGAUUUUUGCAAAAAUUUUGCAAUACAAGAAGCUCACAGUCUACCUUAUUGUAGACAUGAAAUGUGAACACCUGUUUAGAUAUUAGCAUUAACUAAACUACGGUGACCUAGACUGGCUACAUUAAUGCUCAUAGUUGAAUCUCCAUGUUUCCCAGGAAAAAGAAAAUCGCUAACCUUUUUGGGAGAAAUACUUAAAAUGUCUCAGUUUCAGUAUUGCAGUUAUCAAUGUAAAGUGCAUUUGAUGCUUAUUAAUUAAAAUUUUCCCAGUUAAUUUUAA